GCUUCUGCUCCACGACGUGACCAUGGCCGGGCUGCAGGAGCUGCGAUUCCCCGAGGAGAAGCCGCUGCUCCGGGGCCAGGACGCCGCGGAGCUGGAGAACUCCGACACCUUCCUCUUGGCUGUGGACACAGACUGGAAGGAACACGACAUCGAGACGCCCUAUGGCCUUCUGCACGUGGUGAUCCGGGGCUCCCCCAAGGGGAACCGCCCGGCCAUCCUCACCUACCAUGACGUGGGUCUCAACCACAAGCUCUGCUUCAACACCUUCUUCAACUUCGAGGACAUGCAGGAGAUCACGAAGCACUUCGUGGUGUGCCAUGUGGACGCCCCCGGUCAGCAGGUGGGGGCGUCGCAGUUUCCUCAGGGGUACCAGUUCCCCUCCCUGGAGCAGCUGGCUGCCAUGCUCCCCAGCGUAGUGCAGCACUUCGGGUUCAAGUACGUGAUUGGCAUUGGUGUGGGAGCCGGAGCCUAUGUGCUGGCCAAGUUUGCACUCAUCUUCCCCGACCUGGUGGAGGGGUUGGUGCUGAUGAAUAUUGACCCCAACGGCAAAGGCUGGAUCGACUGGGCGGCCACCAAGCUCUCUGGCCUGACCAGCACUUUACCUGACACGGUGCUAUCCCACCUCUUCAGCCAGGAGGAGCUGGUGAACAACACGGAGCUGGUGCAGAGCUACCGGCAGCAGAUCGGGAACGUGGUGAACCAGGCCAACCUGCAGCUCUUCUGGAACAUGUACAACAGCCGCAGAGACCUGGACAUUAACCGGCCCGGAACGGUGCCCAACGCCAAGACCCUCCGCUGCCCCGUGAUGCUCGUUGUAGGGGAUAAUGCGCCUGCUGAGGAUGGCGUGGUUGAGUGCAACUCCAAACUGGACCCCACCACCACGACCUUCCUGAAGAUGGCAGAUUCCGGGGGUCUCCCCCAGGUCACACAGCCGGGGAAGCUGACCGAAGCCUUCAAAUACUUCCUGCAAGGCAUGGGCUACAUGCCCUCGGCCAGCAUGACCCGUCUCGCCCGCUCUCGCACCGCAUCACUCACCAGUGCCAGCUCGGUGGACGGCAGCCGCCCGCAGGCCUGCACCCACUCGGAGAGCAGCGAGGGGCUGGGCCAGGUCAACCACACCAUGGAGGUGUCCUGUUGAAGCCCUUGGUCCCCUGAAGACACCCACGUGCCCCCACCCGCAUUGAUGUCCCACUGCCAUCCUCGCACUGGCUCCCUUUCCCUCUUAUUUUUGUGACGGUGAAGGGGAGGAUAUGGGGUUACUUCUCUUUUGUUUAAAAAGAUGAGGGGGUCCAUCUUAGAUCUGCAGCAGCACAGCCUCCAGAUGGUUUGAGGGGCUCAAUCUUCUCCACCCCCACCUCACUCACCUUGUGAACCUGGCUAACUUCGACCCCUCUCUUCCAACUCCCCGCUACCCAGGCACAGUCAGGGCGGGGUCCAGGGUGGAAGGGGAUCAGCUAAGGCAAGACUGAGUCUUUCUCAGGCCAGGAUCCAGGAUAAUAUUCUGGAUUAAACAAAGAGCAUGGGAUGACCCGCUAGGACAAGCACAUUUGAAGAUGGCAUAGGGUUUUGAGGUGGUGGCUGCUGGGACAGCAGGAACAUGGGGUCCAGCUCAGGCAUUGACAUGAGAAUCGGGAGUCAGCAGCAGGGAGCAUUUGAAGGUGAGGACCCCCGGAGCUCUGCAGGCCCCUUCCCCCUACACCAGCCCCUCUACUGAGCACAUCUGUUUGUCUGUGGCACAUGUGACAAUCAUCUGAACAGUAUCCACAAAGACGCGCUCUCACAGGCAGCUGUUAGUUGGUGCUCUCUGGCAGGCCUUGUGCUGUAGGGACAGGCAGACAGGGGCUGGAGGGGGUUUCUCUGUCAACACAGAGGACUCCGAGGGCAGAAACCCCACAGACUGUCUCUUCCAGCCCCCACACUCCACCACCUUGGCCUGUCCCAUUUCUGAGCCAAGGCCCUGAGGCAGAAAAUCUCUUGGUCCUCCAUCUCCAUAGGACCUGACUUGGGGGCUGAGGUUAAAGACUGGGAUAGCCAGUGAGAAUUGAGUGCCCAGGACUGUGCCAUAUACUUCUCUUCCACCACCUUAUCAGGUAGACUCUCCUGGCCCAGAAACCAGAAGCCAUUUGUCUCGGAGCCUAAAUCAAUUGCCACAAACCCCAAAAUGAGUAAAGGGAGAGGGGAGAGAGCUAUGAGAAAUAUAGGGCUGGGGUGGCGGGGUGGAGGCUCUGAAGCUGAGAGGACACCUGCAUCCACAUUUCCUCUGCACAUAUCACCCCUUCUAUAAUCUUAAGCCAUUACUAGACUGCUCUAGAGCCUGGUGGAGUGUUAGUCUGUCCCCAGUUCUAUUCACUCACGUGCUUCCUUUGAAUAUCAAAUGUGACUGAAAAGCUGGUAGAAUUAAUCCCUCUUACUGUAGAUAGUGCUGCAAGUCUUGGAUUUUUUUUUUUUUUUUGCUGUGUUCUUUCAGAUGAGAUAUCUAUAAAUAUCUAUACAUUAUAUAUAUGUAUAUUGGGUCCUGCGUGUGGUUUUACAUUGGAGGUUAUCUCUGGCCAAAGUGAUUACUUUUAAUGGAGUUUAUUAUUUUCCUGUCUGUACAGAGUGAAGAGACUAAUUUUGUGUAUUCUAGUGGCUAAUGUCAUGAGACUUGGAAGUGACAAAAUGUAAAACAAAAACCCUUGUCAACGUAGAAAGAGUUAACUGUGCUGAAUAAUAAAGAAACUAAGAAGAAUUCAAGUGAU